CGCGCUGCACUGACCACCUCGCAAUGGGACGCUCAAUCUGAGGGGACUACUUCAGACAGAAUAGACAGAAAACCUGGCGACUUUUCCCGAAACAUCUGAUAAAUACGAUCCUAUAUAACGAACUGUCUUUACUUUCCCGCCUCGAGACUCGAACCUAUGAAUUAUAAAUAUGGGGAAAGCGUUUGGUUUAUUUUUAAGAGGCAUCACUUUGUUCUUUGGGCUGGUUGUUGAAGGUGCGUGGGGGCUGUAUUUCCCCCAGAAUGAGUACUCUGAGACGCUGUACGUGGGACAGGAAGUGGGCACGCCCGUGCUCCAGCUCCACGGGCUGGCGGAGCGGGCCACGGAGCGGCCGCACUUCUACCUGUGCUGGAGCAACCCCAAAAAGCCCCCCCCCCACGCUGCCUGGUUCCACCUGGACCAGACCUCCGGCGUCCUCUCCCUGAACAGAACGCUGGAGGAGAGAGACUUCGGCUCGCUCUACAGGGGUGGGGUCGGGCCCCAGAAGAAAAAGAUCUCGCUGAGGGCAGUCAUGUCCCCCGAACCCUUACGGCACAUCACCUACCUCAACCGUCCCAGUGUCACCAUCGCCCUGAACUUCAUCAACGCCACAGCGCCCCCCUGUGGCCAUGGCAAGCUGGAGAGGCUGUGUUUCCCCGACAGGGACCUCACCCCGCACAUCAUCGAGAACCGGCCACCAGGGGCCUUCCGCCAACUCCGCCGGCUGGCCUGGCAGGACGCCUGUCCCAAUUUCACCAUUUCCUACUCCGUGGAAGCAGAGGGAUCGGUGCCGUUCGCGGUGAACGAGAGCACGUCUGAGCUGCUGGUGACGCGGUCGCUGGACCGCGAGGAGCGGGAGGUGUACACGCUGGAGCUCCUCUGCACGGUGCGGACCGCAGACCGGCUGCACAAGGUGUUCGGCGCUCUCCUGGUCAACGUGUACGACGAGGACGACAACGCCCCGUACCUCAACGGGUCCGACACCGAGGCGCUGAGCCUGGAGUUCAGCCGCAGGAGGAACACCCUGUUCGGCAGCCUGUUGGUGUUUGACAGAGACACCACGCCCAUAUACCCGAAAGACCAGACUCACAACAAGUUUGUGGGACAGAUGCUGACGCAGGACCCGUGGGUGAGAGAUAAUUUCGACGUCAUGCACUCGUUCAGGGAGGAGAAGGCCAUCUUCGGGAACGUGCGCGGCACCGUCCACGAGUACCGGCUGAACCUGACCAGAGAUCUGCUGGUGACGGAGAAGCGAUCGGUCCAGGUGGAGUACCUGGUGAACGACACCACCUUCCACGGCCCGGGGGGGACAGUCGUGCUCCGGUUCAACGUCACCAUCCUGCCCGUCACCAUCUCCUUCAGCAACCGCACCUACCACUUCAGUGUGUCCCGAAGAGCCAGCGCCUUCUCACGGGUAGGCCAGCUGUGUGUGGAGGACUGCCUGCAGUUCCAGGGCAUUAACCUGACGUACAGCCUGACGCCGGCGGACCGGAACCUGUCGGGCUCGGGGCGCUGGUGCUACGGGGCGCUGGGGGUGGAGCAGAGCCCCUCCGAGGUGCUGGGGGUGGUGUACCUCAACCGCACUGAUGCCCUGAGGAGGGCAGAGUGCCAGGACCUCCUGUACACGGUGACCGUCCAGGAGAAACGCACACAGCAGCAGGCCCAGACGCAGCUGCUCGUCCUGUUCCACUCUGAGCCGGAUAAGGAGGACUCGGACGAGCGGUACCCACAGUACUGUGCCGAGUGGAAGGACCGCAGGAAGUGUGAGACGGCAGCCGGCCUGGGCACCCCGACCGGACGCUGCCAGUGGAGACAGGGCCUGGAGAAAGGAAUAUCGAGAAACUACUCCACCUGUUCUCCUGACCUCAGGACAUGCCCAGAUGGUCACUGUGAUGUCAUCGAAAACAAAGACCCAGGAAUAUGCCCUCAGGACUGCACUGUGGUGCCCAUCGUUGGGGGGCAUGAGCAGGGCCUGACGGGCAUAAAGGCUGGCCACGGGACCUGCUCGUGCGACAGCGACCGCUGCACCUGUGAGAAGACCGACGUCGAAGAGCAACUGUGUGACGACAUGUGCAAGACGAUCAUCGCCACGGCCGUGCUGCUGUCCUUCAUCGUGUCCGUGCUUCUGUCCUCCUACUUCAUCCACCGCUACCACAAGAGCGCCCCCAAGCCCCCCAUCGCCUCGGCCGAGAUGACCUUCCGCCGCCCCGCCCAGGCCUACCCCAUCAGCUACUCCGCCAACAACGUCCGCCGGCCCUCGCUCGACUCCAUGGAGAACCAAGUGGCCAUCGACACCUUCAAAAUACCUGAGGAUCCAAAGUGGGAAUUCCCCAGAAAGAACCUGGUACUUGGAAAAACCCUGGGAGAAGGGGAGUUUGGGAAGGUGGUCAAGGCGACGGCGUUCCGGCUGAAAGGGAAGGCGGGGUACACCACAGUCGCGGUGAAAAUGCUGAAAGAGAACGCCUCCCACAGCGAGCUCCGCGACCUCCUGUCAGAAUUCACCCUGCUGAAGCAGGUCAACCACCCCCACGUCAUCAAGAUGUACGGAGCCUGCAGCCAGGACGGCCCCCUGUACCUGAUCGUGGAGUACGCCAAGUACGGGUCGCUGCGGAACUUCCUGCGGGAGAGCCGGAAGGUGGGCCCCAGCUACAUGGGCGGAGACGGAAACCGAAACUCCAGCUACCUGGAGAACCCGGACGAGCGCGUGCUGACCAUGGGAGACCUCAUCUCCUUCGCCUGGCAGAUCUCCCGCGGCAUGCAGUACCUUGCCGAGAUGAAGCUCGUGCAUCGUGACCUGGCAGCGAGGAACGUGCUGGUGGCAGAGGGGCGGAAGAUGAAGAUUUCAGAUUUCGGGCUGUCCAGGGAUGUGUAUGAAGAAGACUCCUACGUCAAAAGGAGCAAGGGUCGCAUUCCAGUAAAAUGGAUGGCAAUAGAGUCUCUGUUUGACCACAUUUACACAACACAAAGCGACGUCUGGUCUUUUGGGGUGCUUCUGUGGGAGAUAGUGACCCUGGGGGGUAACCCAUACCCCGGCAUCGCCCCCGAACGACUCUUCAACCUGCUCAAGACGGGCUACCGGAUGGAGCGACCUGAAAACUGCACAGAGGAAAUGUAUAAUUUAAUGCUGCGCUGCUGGAAACAGGAGUCAGACAAACGGCCAACUUUCUCCGAGAUCAGCAAAGAGCUGGAGAAGAUGAUGGUGAAGAGCAGAGAUUAUCUGGACCUGGCUGCGUCCACUCCUGCCGACGCCCUGCUGUACGACGACGCACUCUCCGAAGAGGACACGCCCCUUGUGGACUGUAAUAAUGCUCCCCUCCCCCGAGCUCUCCCCUCCACUUGGAUUGAGAACAAGCUCUAUGGCAUGUCUUACCCGAACUGGCCUGAGAAGAGUCCGGUACUCGUCACCAGACUGGAUGGCACUAACCCAGUCUUUACAAGAUAUGCCAAUGAUAGUGUUUAUGCAAACUGGAUGAUUCCGCCUUCUACGGCAAAACUUAUGGACAAGUUUGAUAGCUAAAACAAAUCUUUAAAAAAGAAAAAGAAAUCUCAAAGUGUGUAGAUGUGUAUAUUUAUAUAUAAAUGUGUAUAUAUAAACAGUGUGAUGCUAAAGCGGGUUCCCUUUCAUUUCUGUAGCGCGGGUACUUGAGUUGAGGGCCACUGAGGGUGAAAGAGGGCAAUCCCAGCUGUGAGACGGCUUCCUUACAAAGCCCACGGUUCUUUUCAGGGGGGCCUUGUUGGCAUGCCGGUGCCUGACUUCACGCCAAACUGCGUCUUUGCAUGACUGUCUCAAAGUGGCUUGUCAAUGUUGUCUUUCUACCGCCCGUGACGCUUCUACGGCAGCCUCGUGCGCUCUUACCGAUUGGCCGAGAGGAGUUCGCAAAGCCAUUCCAGGAAUAAAAGGGGACCUCUUUACUGUUGUCCACAGAGUUCCUUCGCCUUUGAGCAAACCCAAAACGGACUGUGGUGCUUUACUGAGAGACUGUUUCUAGACGGAAGGAAGACCUUGUUUUACGAUGCGAAUAAUGCGUCUUGUGCUUCUUCUGUUUAAAUCUCAAUCACUUUCCCAAGAGUAGCCCCAAAUUAGCAAAAUAAGAGCAGGAAAACCUAAAGCAAAUGAUGUCUGUAAGUGAAAUAUAGGUUCUCUUCAUGCCACGAAUGUCAAAGUAUCUGUUGACUGAUAUGUUAAGGACCUGAAACGACGUGUAGUGUUUGGCCACGUCCAAUGCUGUCAAGGGACCCGCCCCUUCAUGACUCAGCUGCCUGUAAUGACCUUCUUUGUGAAACUGAGGUGAUUCACCAAAAUGAUUAUAUUCAACAAAUGAGUGUAAUUUGUUCAAACAUGAUUAAGUUGCAAUCAAUAAAAAUGCUGAAAGACACGUCGCACUUGGUUUAUGUUUGUAAUAAAAGCAACCAAAUACUGA